ACUUACAUUGUCUACACCGGCAAGACUAUGGACGAUGAAGUUUCAUCAUUGGCCCGUCAUCAAAACAUGUUAAAGGAAGUUGCAAGCAGCAAACAAGAAUCAAAGUCUAUACUCAAGCACUAUAAACGUAGUUUUAGUGGCUUUGUGGCAGACUUAACAGAGGAAGAAGCUAAUAAAAUGGCUGUGCAUGAAGGGGUUGUAUCUGUCUUUCCCAAUGAAAAAAAACAAGUCCUCACAACAAAAUCUUGGGACUUUAUUGGUUUUCCAAUAAAUGUGGAGAGAGCACAACCAGAGAGUGACAUUAUUAUUGGAGUAAUCGAUCAUGGGAUUUGGCCGGAGUCUCAGAGUUUCAAUGAUAUAGGAUUGAGCUCACCUCCUAGCAAAUGGAAGGGAACCUGCCAAGCUUUUGAUUUCAACUGCAACAAUAAAAUAAUUGGAGCUAAAUAUUAUAAAAGCUAUCGUGGAGAAGACUUCACCAAAAAGAAUAUUGCAUCUCCAAGAGACUCAAAUGGGCAUGGGACCCAUACAGCUUCAAUAGCGGCUGGAAAUCCAGUGAGCAUGGCCAAUAUGUUAGGCUUUGGCGGAGGAACGGCAAGAGGUGGAGCUUCAUCAGCACGAAUUGCCGUUUAUAAAGUGUGUUGGUCUGAUGGAUGCGAUGACAUGGACAUUCUCGCCGCAUUUGAUGAUGCCAUUGCUGAUGGAGUCGACAUAAUUUCGUUCUCGCUUGGACGAAAAAUAACUGCCGAUACUCAUUUCAGCGAUGCAUUAUCCAUUGGUGCAUUCCAUGCAAUGAAAAAUGGAAUACUAACUGUAUGUGCGGCUGGGAAUUCGGGUCCAAAUCAUGCAUCAGUAAUGAAUGUCGCACCUUGGGCAAUUUCUGUGGCUGCAAGCACUUUGGAUAGAAAAUUUGUUACCCAAGUCAAAUUAGGGAAUAACAAAUUUUUUGAGGGUACCUCUUUGAAUAAUUUUGAUCUAAAGGGAGAAUUGUAUCCUCUUAUCUAUUCCAGAGAUGCACCGAAUAAGGAAGCAGGCUUCGAUGGAGAUUCAUCUAGGAAUUGCCCCAUCAAUUCGUUGGAUGAAAAAUUGGUGAAAGGAAAAAUUGUUUUAUGCGAAGGAAAUGAAGGGGCCUCAGAGGCAUUUAGAGUAGGCGCUGCUGGCCUCUUGAUACAGGGGACAAAAUAUAUAAAUGUCGCAUACAGUUUUCCUUUGCCUGCGUGUUAUCUUCACACCAACGAUGCCACCAAAAUACGCAAAUACAUACAUUCUAAAAGGACUCCAACGGCAACCAUUUUCAAGACGAAUGAGUUAAGAGAUACUUUGGCACCCGAGGUGCCCUCUUUCUCAGGAAGGGGUCCAAACAAUGUUACACUUGAGAUUCUCAAGCCUGAUUUAACUGCUCCAGGAGUAGAUAUUAUAGCUAGUUGGUCUCUACUUUCCCCAAUUUCUGAAUAUUUUGGUGACAACAGAACAUUAGAGUUCAAUAUCAUGUCAGGAACAUCAAUGUCUUGUCCACAUGUUUCUGGUGCAGCAGGAUACAUCAAAUCUUUUCAUCCUACAUGGUCACCUGCUGUUAUCCGUUCAGCUCUAAUGACAACAGCAAAGCAGAUGAGUCCCACUUAUAAUCAAGAUGCAGAAUUUGCUUACGGAGCAGGCCAAAUUGACCCUGUUAAGGCUGUGAAUCCCGACUUGGUAUAUGAUGCCACAGAAAUAGACUACAUAACCUUUUUAUGUGGACUAGGCUACAGCCAAUCAGUUUUACAGCUAAUCACAGAGGAUGACAUUAUUUGCUUCGACACUGCAUCAGCAAGGGAUUUGAAUUAUCCAUCCUUUGCUCUCAAAGCUCCGCGCCCCAAACAUCGUUUAAGUGGAAGCUUUAAAAGGACUGUUACAAAUGUCGGAUUACCGAUGUCGAUAUAUAGAGCAAUUGUGACAGUACCUAAAGGACUCACUGUUUCAGUGAACCCCAGUGUUUUGUCCUUCACUUCACUGGGGGAAAAGAAAACAUAUGUUCUCACCAUAGAAGGAAAACUAAAGAAGUCUAUUAACUCGGCUUCUUUAGUUUGGGAUGAUGGAAAUUUUCAAGUAAGGAGCCCAAUUAUUAUUUUUGAUGAACGAGCAGAAAAAGGCGAGGGUGCAAAUUUAUAUUGUAUAAAUUUCAUUUAUAUUGUAAUUGUAAAUUUAUUAUUUUAUAUUAUUAUUGAAUAAAUUGUAUUCUUUGGUGAAAAGAAAUAUUGUACGCUUGUUAAAAAAAUAAAAUUUCAUAUUGUUCUUUGAAUCA